AUGCAUGCGUCGGUUCCCCAAGGGUCGCUGCAGGCAGCAGCAGCAGCAGCUGCUGCUGCUGCUGCAGACGAACAGCGUUUCAGUCAGCAAUCGCGGCAGAUGCUGCUGCAGCAACACUACCAGCGGGUGCAGCAGCAGCAGCAGCAACAGCUGUCAGUGGACUUCCCAUUCUGUCCUUUGCUGCCAGACCCUCUAGACCCGUCGAGAGACCCCUGCUGCAGCAGCAGCAGCAGCAGCAAGGGAAGAAACAGCAGCACAUGCAAAGUCGCGGCCCCGCCAAGUCUGCUGCUGGAAGCACGUGCACUAUCUGCGCAGCAGCAGCAGCAGCAGCAGCUCGACAGCAGAGCAGAUGCAUUGCUGCUGUUGGCCCAGGUUGAACAGCUGCAGCAACAGCAGCAGCAGCAGCAGCUGCAGCAGGCACAGGCACAGCAGCAUCUGCUUCUACUGCAGUCACAGGCGCAGCAGCUAGUACAGCAGUUGCUGCAGCACGAGACUGAGCAGCAGCAAGACGCGCUGCUGCUGCAGCAGAUUGAAGCAGCAGCAACAGCCAACGGGACUUGUGGGGAGUGGCUGCAGGAAACCCUUUCACUGUGCUGCUGUCAAGAUGCAGCUGCUGCAGAUAUGCUGCUGCUGUUGGGGGCCCCGGACCCACAGCAACAGCAGCAGCAGCAGCAGCAGCUGCAGCAGCAGCACUUCUUCUACUCACCUUGCGUGCAGCGUGUGCUGGAGCAACAGCAGCAGCAGCUGCAGCAGCAGCAGCAGAAGUCGCUUCUGCGUUUCUCAAUUAAAGAAGCUCCACCGAAUUCCGUCGCUUCCCCAGCAGCAGCACCAGCGACAGCAGCCGCUGCAGCAGCAGCAGCAGGAGCUCCAGAGCCCCUGAAAGAACUGCAGCAGCUUCGUUCACUUGCAUGCGGCAAGCCUUUGUUGAGCAGCAGCAGCAGCAACAGCAGCAGCAGCAACAGCAGCAGCAGCAACAGCAGCAGCAGCAACAGCAGCAGCAGCAACAGCAGCAGCAGCAGCAGCAGCAGUGUGUGGUUCACAGCUUCACUAUGGCGGCUGCAUGCCUUAGGGAGACACCAGGAUUUGCUGCUGCUGCUGGAGCGGUACUCGCAGCAAUGUGCAGCAGACCCGCAGUUGCUGCUGCUGAAGGCGCAUACUCUGGUGCAUCUGCAGAGGCACAAAGACGCCGCAGAGCUUCUGCUCUGUAACGCGACACCAACAGGCGUGGUGGUGCUUACCUGGCAGCAGUUGCUGCUCGCCAGGGUGUAUAGACAGUGCAAGUUCACGCAGCUCUGCAUUGAGGCUUUUCGGAGCUGCUGCAGCAGCAGCAGCAGCGGCAGCGGCAGCGUGACAGCUGCUGCCUUUGCUGCAGCAACUGAACUUGUGGGUACCUACCUCUUGUCUCCUGAGGAAGAGCUGAACAUUCUCACCGCUGUAAGCGGGUCACGGAAGGAUCUGCCCUACAGGUGGCUGCUGCUGCGUCGUGCCGAAUUGAAUCCCUGCAGCAGCAAUCAGCUGCCGCUUUCUCAAAAGAAUGUCGCUGGCGCCGUCUCAGUGCUGCUGCAGCAGCAGCCACCUCCGGCUUACCGCUGUUGUGGAUUUGCUUCCUCAAGCUUCAACGUGAGGAGUGUUGCGCGGCGCGCGCUGGUUGCUGGGAGGCCUGAGGAGGCGCUGGGCAUUUGCAACCUCCUUCUUAACGGAGACCCGUUUGACCCGGAGGCGAUUCGCAUCGCAUGCAAUGCAACGCUCUCUGCGCGUGAGCUGCUGCUGCCAUAUCUGCUUCGGGAGAUUCGAGAGGGCAGCGAGUCUUUGGAGCUGCUGCUGCUGUAUGCUGCAGCAGCAGAAAGAGAGUUGGAGCAGCUGCAAGUACAGGGAGGGAAUCCUGCUGUUACAACCCUAGAGGUGCUGUAUCCGUGCUGCAGCGACGUUUUGCUGCUAGCCGCUCGGGCCUACAUGGAGGAGCGACGCAAAAGCAGCUCUGAGCUGCAGCAGCGGGAGUCCGGAGCAGCUGCUGCAAUGUACAUACACCGGGCUUUGGAGCUACGUCCAGGCUGCCCGCUGCUGCUAAACGAGUUGGGGGCAGUGGCGGCGGAAGCAAAGGACUUCAGGGGCGCGUUGCAUUGGCUGGAGAAGGCGGUGUCUGCUGCUGCUGCUGCUGCUGCUGCUGCUGCUGCACCCGGCGACUGCCCAGAGCUGCCGCACUACUUGAGCAACCUGGCAGUCUGCCGGCUGCGGGCGGGCUGCCAGGAAGCUGCUGCUGCUGCUGCUGCUGCUGCGCUGCAAGCAGCAACAAAGCUGGCGCUGCUCGCGGCCUGCCCUGUGGCGCCCGGCGGCGCUGCAGCUGCCUACGAUUCGCUGUACGAGCUGCAGCAGCUGCGCUGCAGCAGCAGCAGCAGCAGCAGGAUGGGGUCUGCUGCUGCUGUUGCUGACGCCGCUGCAGCCGCUGCCACCGGCAGCAGCCUGCGGCACUGCUUUGCUGCUGCAGAUGCUGCUGUGCUGCUUGCUGCUGCUACAGCCUAUACUGUCCUAGGCGCAGUAAAUCUGCAGAGUGGCAGAAGCGAAGCUGCAGUUACUCCCUUCGCCAACGCAGCAAGCCUGACUCUGGCGUAUGAGUCUCGGAUCAGCAGCCGCAGCAGGAAUGGGCUACGUCGAUUUCAGGCAGCAGCAGCAGCAGCAGCAACUGAAACACCGACGCAGCAGCAAAGCUUGCGGGUGCGCCUGCUGGAACGCCUCCACACGCUGUCGAUGGAAGCAACAGCAGCAGCAGCAGAGCCAGCAGCAGCAGCAGCAAUAACAGCAGCAGAAAGCAAGAUCAUCCUGGGUGGCCCCCUCACAAGGCCCCCGCCUCGGGCAUGGCUAGAGCAGCAGCAACGGCCGCUGCUGCUGCGGCAGCUGCUGGAGCAGCAGCAGCAGCAGCACCAGUCAGAGCAGCAGGCCCAAGAACUCGAGCAGCAGCUGCUGCAGCGCCAGAGGCAUCUGCAGCAAAGGCUGCAGCAGCUCAGUGAAGAGGAGACAACUGAGUGGCUAGCGCUGGUGCAGCUGCAGCAGCAGCAAGCGAGAGACAAACUAGCUGUGCUGGCAGCAGCGCUAAGCAGCAGCAGCAGCAGCAACAGCAAACGAAGCAGAGCAGACGAAUUUAAAAGUCAUUGA